AUGGCGGACGUUGUGUACUCCUAUCUGGAGCGUAUGAUUCCGGACCUCGAACAGCUGCAGAGCUUCGAGGUCUUCUCUCCGGCCGAAAUCAAAGCGAUCGUCAAGAAGCGCAACCACUUCGAGUAUGCCCUGAAGCGAAUGGGAUCGGACAAAGAGGACUAUCUGCGCUACAUACAGUACGAGAUGAAUCUGAACAUCCUGCAAAAGAAGAGGAAGAAGAGACUUGGUAUCAUGAGGCUGCCGGAAUCGGUCGAACACCACUUCGCCAAGUGGAUCACCAUGAUCUUCGGGCGAAUGCUCACUAAGUUCGGCAGCGACGUUACCCUCUGGCUGCAGUACAUUGAAUACCUCAAGAAGAUCCGCAACGCCUCCACCCUCAACCGGGUCUUUGCGCAGGCCAUCCAACUCCACCCGACCGUCGAGGGAUUGUGGAUCGUGGCCGCAGGCUACGAGUUUGAAUACAACGAAAACAUCACGGCCGCUCGAGCAUUGAUGGAACGAGCACUGCGACUCAACCCCAAGAGCGAGCGUCUUUGGAUCGAGUUCUGCAAGCUGGAGUGCAUAUAUUUGGCGAGGAUCAAGGAGCGUAUGGAGGAGUUCGGCAUCGAUGCGAGCGCGCUCGUGCCCAAGGGCACAAGUAUCGACCGCACGUCGUUGCCCGACAGCAAAAAGGAGGAGGGACUUAGCGCCAGUGCCGCUGGCGACCCAUCGAUCAAGGCCCAGGCCGCCACGACCACACAGAACCCGUUCUUGGCCGGCGCCAUCCCCCUAUUCAUCUACCGCAGCGCGGUGAAGGCCAUUCCCGACAGCGCUGCCUUCCGAGUGUCGUUCCUGCGGGUGUUCGUCAACAUCAGGCAAGAGAUCUUCGACAGCCUGCUCAAGGAGUUUAGCGACGAUGCCCGGUGCGUGAGCUUGUACGCCAAGCACAAGAUGCAGGACGCCACCGACGAAGAGAAGCCGGCGGCUGUGCUCUUUGCUCUGCAGACGUACGAGGAGGCACUCAGGACCGCGUCGAGCGUCGAGUUGUGGGAGGAAUACCUGGAAUUCUGCCUCGAUUGCCUGAACUCUUCGGCUGCGAAGAAGGACCAAACCGCAGCGCAGAGGCGUGAAGUCAGGGCGUGGGCCGAGCGCGUUUUGGAGGUGUGCCAAAAGGCCGAGGAGGCGGCGGCCACCAGCGAGCUAUUCUACAGCACGUGGAUCCAGACUCUUCUCAACCUUGGCCGAGUUGACGAAGCCGUCAAGACGGCGGAGACCGCCACGAGACGGCACGCCCAGUCACCCUCGCUGUGGCUGCUGCGAAUCCGGUUGCACAUCCGCCGGAGCGCAGUGGCCUCGAGCGAAGUGCUCGGUGCUGACCUCAAGCAGCUCUUCGCUGCCGCGUUCGAUGCCGUGCCUGUUCGCGACUCGCUGAGCUUGUGGGGGCACUAUCUCGAGCUGGUGCUCAGUGCCAACCUGUCCCUCGACACGACGCUUCAACACUUCAGGAAAGCGCUGGUUACGCUGUCCGGAGCGCCCGACAAGCGCGGUGUGUCGGUCAUCAAGGAGGCUUUCAUUUCUCGAGUUGCCGCCACCCACGACAUUCAGUCGACUCGCCAGGCCUACGAAGUGGGUCUUGAUGUGCCGGCGCAGACCGAGGAGUACUACCGCCACUGCAUUUUGAUCGAGCGCGCACAGCGGCCCAUGGACCUUACCGUCAUCCGCUCGCUCUACAGACGUGGUGUGCGCCACCAUGGCAAGCUCUCGGCUGACCUGUGGCUCGGGUGGAUCGAGGUGGAGAUUGACGCGGGCGAUUUCACCGCCGCGUCCAACCUCUUCUGGGAGGCACAGAGGAUGCUCCGCAAGAACAACACCAAGCUCAUCGCCGGCUACCAGCAGCUCCGCAAGUAA